AUGACGCGUCGUUUUCCUUCUUCCCUUUUGUUCCUGGUCGCUUUUUUCUUCUCUGUCUUCUUCUUUUGUAUCGAGGAUUAUGUCGUCGCUUUCGGGGAAAGAAUUGAAUCCUCCGGGCGCGAAAAUCACAACGAAGAACGACUGGUAGAAGAAAGAAGAGGAAUGAGAAACUUGUUGGGACAAAAAGACCACUCGUAUAAAAUUCACGAGAAAGUGCCGCUAUACGCGAACAAGAUUGGCCCGUUCCACAACCCGUCCGAGACGUAUCAGCACUACGAUUUACCGUUUUGCUUACCAGCGGAUAACCAAAUCGGGUACAAAUCGGAAGACCUCGGCGAAGUUUUGGAAGGCGACCGAAUGGUUGGCACGCCGUACGAUAUCUCCUUUCGCGUGGACCGAGAUAACGAAUCGUUGUGUAAGAAGACGUUGAACUCGAAAGAUUUGAAGAAGUUUCGUAAAGCCGUGAAGGAUGAUUAUUACUUUCAGAUGUAUUACGACGACUUGCCGAUUUGGGGGUUCAUCGGGAAGAUCGAGAAGAUUUUGAGGCACACGCACGGAAACGGGCCGGAGUUGAGGUAUUAUUUGUUCACGCACGUGCAUUUUGAUAUAUCGUACAACGGGGAUAAGAUCAUCGAGAUCAACGUGAGCACGGAUCCGUUGAGGACGGUGGAUAUUACGGACGGCGACGAAGUCGCGGUUGAGUUUUCGUAUUCCGUGAAAUGGAAGGAGACGAGGAUUCCGUUCGAACGCAGAAUGGAAAAGUAUUCCAGGUACUCGUUCUUGCCGCAACACCUGGAGAUUCACUGGUUCAGUAUUAUCAACUCGUGCGUGACGGUGUUGUUAUUGACGGGCUUUUUGGCGACUAUUUUGAUGCGCGUGUUGAAGAACGAUUUUAUCAAGUACGCCAGAGACGACGAGACUGGAGAGGAACAGGAGGAAACGGGAUGGAAGUACAUUCACGGCGACGUUUUCCGCUUCCCGAGACACGCGAACUUGUUCUGUGCGGUCAUCGGUACCGGAACGCAAUUGCUUUUUAUGGUCUUGUUUGUAUUCGCGUUGGCGCUGGUUGGCGUGUUUUACCCGUACAAUCGAGGCGCGUUGUUAACCGCCACGAUUGUAUUGUACGCCUUAACCAGUGGGAUCUCUGGUUACGUCGCUUCGAACAUGUACCGACAAAUGGGCGGUGAGAAGUGGGUGAGAAACGUUUCUUUGACCGGGUGCAUGUUUUGCGGACCGAUGUUUUUGAUGUUUUCGUUCUUGAACACCGUGGCUAUCGCGUACAGAAGCACGGCGGCGUUGCCGUUUGGUACUAUUUGCAUAAUCGUCGUAAUUUGGGCGUUGGUGACGUUCCCGUUGACCGUCCUCGGUGGUAUCGCCGGUAAAAAUUCAAAGAGCGAGUUCGAUGCGCCGUGCCGAACGACGAAAUACCCGCGCGAGAUUCCCAAGUUGCCGUGGUUUCGCGAGGCUAUUCCGCAAAUGAUGAUGGCUGGUUUCUUACCGUUCUCGGCGAUUUAUAUCGAACUUUAUUAUAUUUUUGCCUCGGUUUGGGGACACAAGGUGUACACUAUCUACUCGAUCUUGUUCAUCGUGUUCAUUAUUUUAAUUAUCGUCACCGCUUUCAUUUGUGUCGCGUUGACGUACUUUCAGUUGGCGGCGGAGGACCACGCGUGGUGGUGGCGAUCAGUGUUUUGCGGAGGAAGUACGGGGAUUUUCAUUCUCGGGUAUUGCUUUUAUUACUACGAAGCUAGAUCGGACAUGAGCGGGUUCAUGCAAACGAGCUUCUUUUUCGGGUACAUGAGCAUUAUUUGCUACGGGUUCUUCUUGAUGUUAGGGAACGUUGGAUUUAGAGCGAGCAGUUUGUUCGUCAAACACAUUUACAAAGCCAUCAAGAGCGAUUAA